AUGGUUCGUCGCAAGGCGUGGACAAACAUCGAUCUCCGACCGCCAGAGGAGAAGGCCUUGGUCCGGCAUCUUGACAUGUUCCUGAUGACUUUCGGCUGUCUUUCACAGGUUAUCAAAUAUCUCGAUCAACAGAAUAUCAACAAUGCCUACGUGUCGGGAAUGAAAGAAGACUUAAACCUGAUCGGAAAUGAGCUCAAUCUAUUCACAACAUAUUUUAACGUCGCCUACUGCAUCAUGCUUCUCCCUUCCCAAAUCAUCCUUACCUACGUACGCCCAAGCUAUUGGCUCCCGGGGUUGGAGAUUGCAUGGGGUGCUCUGACCGGACUGGUCGCGGUGGCGACGAGCGCGAAGCAAGUCUACAUCAUCCGUGUAUUCCUCGGUCUUUGCGAAAGUAGCGCUUGGCCAGGGAUGAUGACCUUAUUCAUGUAUUGGUAUACCCCAACCGAAUUGGCCAAACGAAUGGGAUUCUACCACUCCUGCCAAGCAGUCGGCCAAAUGCUCUCGGGCGCCUUGCAAGCCGCAAUCACCAACACUCUCGACGGACACAGCGGAAUAGCAGGAUGGCGCUGGCUAUUCGUGAUCAACGCAAUCAUCACGGUAGUCUGGGGAUUCGCGGGGUUUUUCAUGCUCCCCGAUCUACCGAACCGACCUAACCCGCACGCGUUCUGGUUCAAGAAAGUCCACGGCAAGCUUUCGCUAGAGCGUCUCGCGCGCAACGGCCGCGCCGAGCCAAAGAAGAUGACCUGGGCCGGCGUGAAGCGCACGUUUUCAGGAUGGGUUGUGUACUUCAUUGCGGCUCUGUACACUGCGACGGUUCUUGGCACAUACGGAUAUGUGUAUUUCGGGCUGUUCCUGAAGUCACUCAAGAACCCCGACGGCAGCGCGAGAUGGACUAUCUCGCAGGUCAACGUGAUCCCCAUUGGAGGAUCUGCGAUCAACGUCGUGUUUGUUUGGAUCUGGGCUCUUUUGUCGGAUUACUUUGAGACGCGUUGGACACUCAUUGUUCUUCAAGCGGUUAUUGGGAUUGUUCCGUGUAUCAUCAUGAGCAUUUGGACUACACGCCCAGCGUCGGUGGCUGUGUCUGCUGCCUAUGCAUCAUAUUUCAUCUCGUAUAUUUGUCUUGGCACAGCGCCGUUGAUCUUCGCCUGGCUCUCCGAUCUUAUCCCGCAGGAUCCAGAGGUACGGUCUCUUGCUGUUGGUGUUGCUGUGGCUGGGUACUACGCCAUCUCUUCGUGGUCACAGGUUCUCGUCUGGCCGGCAAGUCAAGCACCAUUGUAUAAAUAUGGGUGGCAGUCAGCAUUGGCCUUGUUAGUGCUAGUGAUUCUCAUGACGAGCAUAUUGAGAUUUGUGGAUGUGCGGUACCUCCUACCCAAGCGCGAGGAAUUUCGCGCUACGUUAGAAGAAGAUGUCGGGGCCAGUAAAGGGGCUGGUCCUUCAGUGUCUACAGAUCAGUUCGAAGAUCGGCAUCGGGUAGAUGGAAGCUCGAAGGUGUCUCCUACGGCAACUGUUCGGGAGAUUUAG